AUGAGGACUCUUCUCUCGGCUCGCCCUAAAAAGCUAAGGGAGUCUAUUUCCCGUUUUUGGAAUGCGAGGAUACUGGGGAUCAAGGUUUUUGGAAUGGUGAGCAUUAUAAUCAGUUCAGAAACAUUUUAUCUUUGUGGAGAUUGUUUCAUCUUGUGUGCCUCACUUGUUGAUGAUUGUACGCAACGGAAGGAUGGAUACGAGGUGCCAUCUACUCUUUCUGUUUCUGCUGCUGAUUGCUUGUUGUCAAUUACUGGAGCCUUAGCCAAGAGGGAUGAUACUGUGGCAAAUAGACCGAAUCAAUCAACCAUUACGGGGUCUCAUCAACCGGUUGCUUUGAUUCCUAAUACUAUACUAGUGAGAAGAAAAAAAAAGAAGACUUCUCGAUCUGAAGACUCAAACAGUGAGACAAGUUGUAUACUAUGGAACCAUUUGGAGGAUCUGACGCGCCUUGUCCAAUGUCUCUUUGCUGGGUUAGAUAAAGUGCCGAAGUGGUUAGAGGAGUUAAAAGAGCAUCAUAGUGGCUCCCAAAAGGAGGCAGGCACGGAGAUAUCUAGUGGUGGAGCUCUACUAUUCUCUUCUUGUUGGAAGCAUUACAGUGUUUUGCUCCACAUGGAAGAUCAGAAUUUCUCAAAGAUUAGUAAUGAAUUGCUGGAGCAAUAUUUGUCUGGUAUUAAGGCGCUAUUUCCAAUUGUUUUCUUGCAACUUGAAAAGGCCGCAGAGCUGCAGGACAGCCUCAAGAUUAAAGCUUGCCUGUUCUCUAUAUGCACAUCCCUUAUGUUUAGCAUAUCAUCCGAUUUAGGGAUUGACUAUGUUUAUGUUUUUCUUUUUGUAAGAGUAGCUACGGUUAGAGAUCCAGAUUCAGUCAUGUCGGGUGCGGUAGCGAGAUACGUGAAAUCGGUGUGUUCAACUCGCGCAGGUGUUAUGAAUAUAAUCUCGGUAAUGGCAUGGCCAGUCUUAGGUUAUAUUUACGUACAGCAAGAAAAACAAUUUGCUUUUCUCCGAGAACAUGAUAAACUUGUCAAGGCCAAGUUUGAUGACCUUAGGGCUAGAGGAAUUAUCAGCGUCCAGUGA